AUGGCGUUGGACGUGAGCACCCGUGGCAGUAGUUCACUUUCCUCGUCUGCCGAGCCCUCACUGCAGUCGCUGAUGAUGAACGGCGGGCCAAUGAGCAAUGGCUCCAUUGAGCACAUACUCAGCAGCUACGGGCCGGCAGCUCUGGCCCAGCAGGCCCAGCAAGGACAGCAGGGCCAGCAGCAACAGUCAUCCAAGUCAACAAUGGAGGACGCAACCCUGUUCCUUAAGGCGGCAGCGGCGGCAGCUGCAGCAGCGGCCGCCGCCGCUGCAGUGUCCGCCUCCGAGAACGCCGCCUCUCCCUGCCCGACGACAAGUUCCAUGCCAGAAUCACCGGAGAAGUCUGACUCGCCGUCACUCGCGGCCAGCUCUUCAACCACCAACUCAUCGCACGGCGGCGACUCUGCCUCACGACUGAACUCUUCCUCUCCAAAGAGUCCCGGUGGUGACGGCGGAAACUCGAAGGAGGCGACACUGGACGAGAAGACCAAACAGCCGGUCCUCUGGCCUGCCUGGGUCUACUGCACCCGUUACUCUGACAGACCUUCUUCAGGCCCUCGAUCUCGAAAAAUUAAGAAAAAGGAGAAGAAAGUGGACGAAAAGAGGCCACGAACGGCAUUCACCGCUGAACAGCUAGCUCGGCUAAAGCACGAAUUCCAGGAGAAUAGAUAUCUCAAUGAAAAGCGUCGACAAGACCUGGCUCGUGAGCUGAAACUGAAUGAGUCGCAGAUCAAAAUUUGGUUUCAAAAUAAGCGAGCAAAAAUUAAGAAAUCCACUGGAUCGCGUAAUCCUCUGGCGAUGCACCUAAUGGCACAGGGACUGUACAAUCACAGCACCAUGGCGGUGGACAGUGAUGAAGAGAUGAUGAUGGACGAGAUGAACUACAAGUCGCCCUCGCCCAUGUCCGAGUCAAGCAAGACUGGCUAG